AUGACGCGAAGCUCUUGGCGUAGAAGGUCCCAAGGGAGGAGACAGAGAGAGAAAAAAAAGAAAACGCACGGAAAGCUGAAGGCAGGGUGGCCUCCUAUACGGAGUGCGUGUGACCUCCUCCGCUCCCGGAGAGAACAUCAACCUGGCGGCUACACCCCGAGCACGCCUAGAUGGGCUUGCAGUGUCUGUCCCAAUGGUUGCAUGCGUGCAGCAACAACGGCGGCUCCCAAGGCAACGAUACUGCUGGGAACCUCUACAGACAUCACCUUCAACCUUGCGGUGGAGGCCUAUCUGAAGGAUGUGUGGACGCGGGGAGGGGCCCCCCCGGAAGGGGCAGUGAGCCCAACGAAAGAGAGGGGCGUCACUCCCGCUACAAAGCCUCCCGAAGAGAUUCCACAUCCACAGAACCUUGGGCCCCUGCUGUACUUGUGGAGGAACGAGAAGACCAUUGUGAUCGGAAGACACCAGAACGCCUGGAAAGAGGCAAACAUUCAGCAGCUGCAAAAAGAAGGCGUCAAACUUGCCAGACGUUACAGCGGAGGCGGGGCCGUCUAUCAGGACCUCGGCAAUACUUGUUUCACCGUGAUAUCCGGAGGAUCUCGCAAAGACGAAACCAACGCUUUCCUGCUCUCCGCCCUCAAGGAAGCGUUUGGCAUCGAUGCUGAGCACAAGGGAAGGAACGAUUUAGUUAGCAAAGACGGAAGAAAGUUUUCGGGGGCCGCCUUUGCAACGUCUGGAGGCGUUUGGUUGCACCAUGGCACUUUAAUGCGAGACGUCGAUAUGGAGGCCCUUGGGCGCUUGCUAACCCCGAACAAGGCCAAACUGCGCAGUAAGGGCAUUGAAAGCGUCACUUCACGGGUUGUCAAUCUCAGAGAGCUGAAUCCAAGUAUCACGCACGAAAAUCUGUGUGAGGCGCUGGCGGCUUCCUUUCUUCGCCAUUUGGGGCUGCCCAAGAACUCAGUUGUUCCUCAGAAGGCGGAGGGGUUUAUUGUUGGCGGAAAGCCGCUGGUGCUUAGUCCACUCUUUACGGGUCACCUUCAUACGCUUACGGACUGGAACUGGAUUUAUGGGAAAAGCCCGGAGUUUACUUUAGAUUUUCAGACGCGAUUUGACUGGGGUUCAGUGGUGAGAGCUGCUCCUUUGCAUCGUGUUGUAGGGGUGGCUUGGGGGCAGGGGCCGCCUUCGGUAGGGCUGUGUGUGGAGGACGGCACGAUCACGACCUGCGAGGUGUACAGUGACGCUCUAUAUCCCGAUCUCAUUCAGGCCUUUUCGGAUGCACUCAGUGGCUCCACCUACACGGCAGCGGUGAUGCACAGCAAACUAACAGCUCUACGCCCCAAGUUCCCUGGACUCACUGACAAGAUUGAAGAAUUCGCGGAGUGGCUUGUUGAGGCAUCUCAAUCGUAG